AUGUCCAAGCAAGAUCCUCUUCCCGAGACACCCAUCGCCGAGCACGACUAUGCCCUCACCUCGUUGUCCACGAUGAAACAAGUACCCCAGUCUCCAGCUCGACCAGCGACGCCCCAUUGUCCGCCAUCAAUCCAUGAGCCGCAUGCACCCCCGCCCAUCCCGCCGCGGUCGCUGCAGAGACCAGUCUCGGUGCUUACUGCGCCAGCGGAAAGACACCUCAUCGCCCUCGAGCACUGGCGAUGCAACCUGCCGACGUCGUUCUACGAGCCGCAGGAACACGCGUGGGGGAUCGCAAAAGCCCCCGCUGAAGAACGGGUGGAAGUGGUGGAGAAGAAGAAGAAUAAGAAGGGAAGAUACCCAUGGCACAAAACUAGGCUUUUGUUGCGGUUCAUGGGUUCGUGCUUCAUCUUGACAGCCAUAGCACUAGUCUACCUCCGCUUCAACGGUUCAUAUCGCUUCAGCGAUCCAUACCGCUUCAGCGAUCCAUACCGCUUCAACGAUUCAUACCGCUUCAACGAUUCGUACCGCUUCAACGAUUCAUAUGAUUUCUUCACGCUGUGGGUUUACAUGGUAUGCCCUGCCGCGCUCACAUACAACAUCGCGGAGAUGCUUUGUGGCUUCAUUGUGGGUAGGGGCAUCAAUCGGUGUGUGAACACGGGCAUGGAUGGCCUGUUCACGAUUGGGCUGGUGGGUAUAGGGUUCAGGUUCGUCGCGGAAGCGCAUGGAGUCAAGGGCGAUGAUGUGAUUGGGGCUAUUUGUAUACUUGGUGGCGUGUUGCAGGCGGGUGUUUGGGCAUAUGGCAUUUGCUCGUUCUGCAAGUGA